CAGCGGGCGGGCGCCGCCGAGGGGGACCGGCCGCCGUGGCGAGAGCGCGCCAGCCCCGCCGUGAUGCCCGCGCGCCCCGGACGCCUCCUCCCGCCGCUGCCCCGGCCGCUGGCCCUGGCCGCGCUGCCGCUGCUCCUGCUGCUCGGCGAUGGCGGCGGCGGGCGCGGAGGCGCCUGGGCCCAGGAGCCGGGGGCGGCGGCGGCGGCGGCGGCGGACGGGCCCCCCGCGGCGGACGGCGGGGACGGGCAGGACCCGCACGCCAAGCACCUGUACACGGCCGACAUGUUCACGCACGGGAUCCAGAGCGCCGCGCACUUCGUCAUGUUCUUCGCGCCCUGGUGUGGACACUGCCAGCGGCUGCAGCCCACUUGGAAUGACCUGGGAGACAAGUACAACAGCAUGGAGGACGCCAAGGUCUACGUGGCCAAAGUGGACUGCACCGCCGACUCAGACGUGUGCUCCGCGCAGGGGGUGCGAGGGUACCCCACCUUGAAGUUUUUCAAGCCUGGCCAAGAAGCUGUGAAGUAUCAGGGGCCUCGAGACUUCCAGGCGCUGGAGAACUGGAUGCUGCAGACGCUGAACGAGGCGCCCGCGACACCAGAGCCAGAAGCAGAACCGCCCAGAGCCCCUGAGCGCAAGCAGGGACUUUAUGAGCUGUCAGCGAGCAACUUUGAGCUGCAUGUGUCGCAAGGCGACCACUUUAUCAAGUUCUUCGCUCCGUGGUGUGGUCACUGCAAAGCUCUGGCUCCAACCUGGGAGCAGCUGGCCCUGGGCCUUGAACAUUCUGAAACUGUCAAGAUUGGCAAGGUUGAUUGUACACAGCACUAUGAACUCUGUUCGGGAAACCAAGUUCGUGGCUAUCCUACUCUUCUGUGGUUCCGAGACGGACAAAAGAUUGACCAGUACAAAGGAAAGCGGGAUUUGGAGUCCCUGCGGGAGUACGUGGAUUCCCAGCUGCAGAGCACAGAGCGGGAGGCCCCAGAGAGCGUCCAGCCUUCAGAGGCCCCGGCGCCGGCCCCUGAGCCUGUGGCCCAGGGCACUGUGUUGGCGCUCACGGAAAAGAACUUCGAGGACACCAUUGCAGAAGGAAUAACCUUCGUUAAGUUUUAUGCUCCGUGGUGUGGGCACUGUAAGAAUCUGGCCCCGACGUGGGAGGAGCUGUCCAGGAAGGAAUUCCCUGGUCUGGCAGAGGUCAAGAUCGCCGAGGUGGACUGCACUGCUGAGCGGAACAUUUGCAGCAAGCACUCGGUACGAGGCUAUCCCACACUGUUGCUUUUCCGCGGAGGGCAGAAGGUCAGCGAGCACAACGGAGGCAGAGACCUUGACUCGCUGCAGCACUUUGUCCUCCGGCAGGCCAGGGACGAGCUGUAGCACCCGCUCGCCAGUUGCCCGGCCUUGCACACCCCGGCUGCUGGAGCCGAGUCAUGCAGGUGUUGUGGACUCUCACGUGGUGGUUUUUCAGAGAGCUGAAUGUACUAAACUUGCGGUAUCUUCUUUGUGUGUGUGUUUUUUAAGGCAACACACUCUACAGAUUCUCUAAGUUUCUCUAAGUAAACACAUAAGUCACGAUCCCUUCACUAAA